CACGGGAGUUGAGUGAACCCUGGGGGUAUUUGCUGUUCACUCCGGUGAUGGGCGAGAAUGAAGAAGAAGAAGCAGUCGGCGGAGCAGGGGUGGGAAAAGAAGGUGAUCCUGUACCCUACAAUGGUACUGGUAACAAUAAUAACCCUAGCAGCGGCAGCGCUAAUGGAGGACCAAAAGGCAAGUCAUGCAAAGGAUGCCUCUAUUACUCUUCCCAUCUCAAAUCCAAACGCCACAACCCUCGUUGUGUCGGGGUCUCAAGACCUCUUCAACAAGUGCCAGGUUAUGUCAUUGGGGAGUCGGAGAUGGAGGCUUCGAAGGAUGGUCGUAGCCUAUCAGACUUCAAGUAUUCUUGUCUGGGUUACUCUGUCUACUUGGACAACAAAAAUAAUUCAGCUGAACAUCAUGAAGAGCAUGCUGAACUGCCCUUUUGUGUUGGCAUUGAGCUCUUGGUUGACAAAAGGGCUCCGAGCACUGAGCAUGCUCGUGCUAAUUCCAGCAGCAAGGAAGGUGAUCAGGCAUUUCCCCAACCUCGAAGCUAUAGACCGCCAAAUACCAUCGGUGAUGAAUUCUUGAGUAGAUUCACACGGAAUGCAGGCCUAGUGUCAUCAGGCGUGGCCAGAAACUUGUACAGAGUGGGAAAUUAUAUCAAAGAUAAUGUCGACGACAUACUUUAUCCCUAUAGGAGGCGACCCAAAUAGUACUCGAGGCUGUUCUUUAAUCUGUGUAUAAUAAAUUUGGGGCGCGAAGUGCCUGCAUCCUCAUGGCAUCCUCCACUCAUGUUUUUUAUUCUGAGUCUCGGUUGUUACUCUUGAAUCUUACUCUGGACAAGUUGUUUUCUUGGACAUCUUUCAUCAUUUUUGUAUUGUUAGAUUGCUAUUAAUAGCUUUUAUUCUUACAUCUGUUGCAUAUUUCCCACGAUC